AUCAUCAAAGUACAGUCCCACGUACAAGCCACAAAACAGGACUACUUGUACAACAAACAAGAUAAGCAUCAAGUGACAGACAGAGCUAAACGAUCCCACAGCCAGCCAAUCAGAUCUAAACUCUGCAGUCCUGCCGCAUCCAGUCGUGAAUGAUGGUGGACAAUUAAACAGCUUACUGGAGGAUGCUCCACGAAUAUUCUUGUCCUCAAUGAUGGAAGAGCCCAGCACAUCAGGGCAAAACAUAAGGCCAAAGCUUCCACAGCAAUCUUCAGCCAGAAGUGUCAAGUGGAUGGUCCAUCUCUGCCUCCUCCAGUGGUCCCCAGCAUUACAGAUAACAGUCUUCAGCCAACUUGAUUCACUCCAUGUGAUAUUGAGAAAUUGUUGGAGACAAUGGUUACUAGAAAGGCUAUGGACCCUGACAGAAUAUUGGCAAUAAUAUCAAAGACUUGUGCCCCAGAACUUGCCACUCCCCUGGCCAAGCUGUUUCAGCACAGUUAUGACUCUGAUAUCAACCUCACAACGUGGAAAAUUGCCCAAAUAUGUCCAGUACACACAAAGCAGGACAAAUCUAACCUGGCCAAUUACCGCCCCCAUCAGUCUACUUUUGAUCAUCAGUGAAGUGAUGGAAGGUGUCAACAGUGCUAUCAAGCAACACCUGUUCAGGAAGAGCCUGCUCGGUGAUGCCCAGUUUGGGUUCUGAAGCGCCACUCAGCUCCUUACCUCACUACAGCCUUGGUUCUAACAUGGACGAAAGAGCCGCAAUCCAUACGGGAGGUGAGAGUGACAGCCCUUGAUAUCAAGGAUUCAUUCGAUGUGCGUGGUAUCAAGGAGCCCUGGCAAAACUGCAAUCAAUGGCUAUCAGGGGGCAAACUUUCUGAUAUUUGGCUCAUACCUGGCAUAUCGGAAAAUGGUUGUGGUUGUUGGAGGUCAAUCAUCUUAGCCCCAGGACAUCUCUGCAGGAGUUCCUUAGGAUACUGUCAUCGGCCAAGAUAUCUUCGGUUACUUCAUUAAUGACUUUCCCUCCUUCAUAAGAUCGGACGUGGGGCUGUACUUUGAUGAUUGCACAAUACUCAGCGUCAUUUGUGACUUCUCAGUGACUGAAGUCGUCCCUGUUUAAAUGCAAAAAGUUUUUGACAACAUCCGGGUUUGGACUGACGAGUGGCAAAUAACAUUUGUGCCACACAAGUGCGAGGCAAUAUAAAUCUCGAAAAAGGAAGAAUCGAAAAUCUCUCCUUCCCAUUCAAUGAAUGACUGUUCCUGCAAUACAUGUUAUCGUUACCCUGAGAGCUGCUCGAAAUCGAGGUGAACCAGUUAUGUGGACUCUAUAGUUACGAGUGCUGUUACAGGAAAGGUUAUGAACGCGGGGAUUCUCAAAUAUUUGCAUUGCACAUUUGCUGACACGCAAGUCAAGCGUACCUUUUAUACUGGGAGAAAACAGACUUAAAAAGGACAUUUUCUAUCUCCUGCCCAAACAGAAUGCGCUGACUCUGACUCAUGGAUUGGAAGCUGUGCUACUUCUGGCUCGUGUCUUUUCUAUUGGUGUGGGAGAUCCAGGCUCCUGGGAACAAUAAUGAAGGAGUUCCAGACAAUUUCCGAUUCAUAACUGAGCAUAGCAACAACAUUCAAGAUGCAAAAUGGAUGGUGGAAGAACAGAAAAAAGCACGCCAAUUAUUGAACCACUGGAAAGAUGCAGAUGUGACUGGCACAUCAAAGGUAAACAACAACAAUUUGCAGGAAGCUGGAGGGGAGAAUGAUGCCAUCUUCCCAGAGGGUAAGGAUCACACGGUGAUCCUGAGGAUGGAACCUGAUCAGAUUGUCACAGAUGCAUCUGACUCGAUCUACAACAAGCAGAAAAUCCAUGCCGGGGAGUACAGGACCUUGCUGAAAUGGAACGGCCAAGAAUUCAUCUUUUUGAAAUCGACAUUCCAGGGGAAUGCCCCCGAGGUGACCAGCCGCUCAAAGCUGGUGGUAGUUGGCCACGGCUCAAGCCAAGAGAACACUUUGGGAGGAAUGACCGCCCAUCAGCUGUCCAAGACCAUCCUCACUCUCCGUGGAGCUGAAUCGCCUCUCGCCUUCCCCAGCAAAUCGGUGCAGUCACUCAGCCUGGUGGCUUGCAAUGUCGGCGCAGGCCCUGAAGGCGAGCAGUUUGUCCGGGAUCUUCUCAUCGAUCUACGGGACCAUGAGCUGGAGGUGGGCUCCCUGUCGGCCCGGACCGCUAAGGUCAGCGUCCUCCCGGACGGCACCAAAGUCACGUCGGAUCCUGGUGAAGACUGGCUCAGGCAUGAAACCAGCCACCGGCGUCAGGUGAGGCUGGGUGAAGACAACCAGCUGGAAGACCUUAGUGAUGAGGACAGCUACUGGACACACACAUAUGACCCAGAUGAAGACAUCCACCCUUUGGUGGACCAACCAGGACAUUUAAUUUGGCACAUUGACGGAGAAGAAUACCUGGUCCCGGACACGAAGCUGGAUGAUAUCAUUCAAAGUAAAACUAAACAAAUAUUUGAUAUGGCCGAAGGUGUGACGGUGGAAGAAGUUGACAGGAUAAAAAUUUCCGAUCAGAAACAAGAAACUGUUCGAGUGAGAGUAUUUGAGACGUUUCAGCAAUAUCUGGCGAACGUCCUCGAUCUGAUCCGGGAAAGUCAAGUAGCGAGAUACCGACUUCUCAGAUCAGAAUACAACAUAAAAAACAUACAGACGGCAUGGCAAAAACAGCAGCUCCCUUUACCUGACAACAUCCUGGAUGAAAAUGAUAUGCCUGUAAUACGGGACGAAAAGAAAUUGAUUGAUAUAUGGGACAGGAUUGUCAACAUCAAGAAGAUGAAAAAAAGAACAAAGGACCAGGAAACACUAAAUAAAGUGUACGAAAGUGUUGUGAAUGGAAUGAAGAAAGAAAACCGAUUCAUACAAUUUGGUGAGUACACUUUGAAGAUCAAUCUGGAGAACUUCUAUGUUGAGCCAUACAUCCUCCCGAAUGGUGAAGCCCCACCAAGAGAGAUCGAUUUGACCUACAACGGGCUUUUAAGCAGCAUGAAUGCUGCUGCGUAUUUCAAGCAGAAUGCUAUAGCCUGGGUGACUGGGGAGGCAAAUAUGAUCAGUAAUAAUGUCAAUGAACAUGACGCCGUUAUCGUGGCAGCGACCCACUUAGCGGAGGUGGCGAGGAACCCCAGGAUGGUGCUGAUGAACUCUCUGCUCUGUGGCCAGUCCCGAAAUGCCCGUCAAUUCAUUGAGUCCCACCCCAUGGCUCGGGGUGGCACGUGGGGGACCAACCAUGCCAACAUCGGCUUGCAGACAGUAGAGACUGACAAGGUGCGGGAUCUAUCUCGGGCAGUCUUAAAAGAAUGGAUGAGGAGUACUUUGUUCGGUUUCUCACUGACACAGAACAGCGAAAACCUGCCACCAAAGGCUGAUCAGAAUGAUUUUGAUCGCUACAUCAACAGCGAGGUUUUCAAUAACCUUCCAGAGAUUCCAACAAUGCAGACCUACUCCUACCAAAGUCUGAGCCGAGAUAUAGUUGACCAUAUGCGGCGAUUGGAAGACUCGGUGCUAGGGAAGAGUCUCCGACCAAGAGUGGCUUUAAAAAUGGCCAACGACAUACAGUACUUAGAGCGGGAGGUGACACAGAGCGUGAAAUCCCAAGAGGAGGUGGACAGGGUGGAGUAUGAGGUUGUGCAUGGCUCAGCACGCUUAGAAAAGGGAAGUUUAACUGUCAAAAUACAGAGCAAAAGUGGCCCUUCUAUCAGUAAGGAGCUUCAAGUCCCAACCAAAGUGGAGAAGCUCACAUCAGAGGAGUUGCUGGAUGAACAUUUCCGGGGUCUGGGCCAGGUCUCGGAGGGUGGAAGCCAUGCCAUGGAGAGAGUUAACUAUGCCCUGGGUGUCUAUGGCACCCUCAUGGGUUUCCAGGGGGCCCGAGAGUUCCUGGAACAGGGCCGCGAUGUGGAGGGUGGCAUCAUGCUGGCACAAGGAAUCCAUGGGCUGGGCGAGCUGGCCGGUAUCAAUGGGGAAGUCUCGAGUCUUCUCGAGCGCUCUGCCCACCGUGCCCUGACCAGCAUCGCCACACAGAUGGAGGGGAAAGCGGCCCAGAGCCUCCUGGGGAAAAUGUCCAAGCUGGGGAAGAUCACAGAGGCACCAGUGCUCUCUACCGCCUUCGCCGCCUUCAACAUUUACGAGGACGUGGAGAGGAAGAGCCCGCUCGGUUACGCCGACGCUGCGCUGGAUGGUGCCAUCUUACUGACGGGGCUGGCCGGGCCAGAGAUGGCCCCUGUCACCCUGGCCCUGACCAUCAUCAGACUCGGCCUGGACCCGCUAUACUCAGAGAUCAAGAGCAGCCUGGAAUCCUUACCCGCAAGGGCAUCGACUGGUCAGCGCUGCCUUGCGGUCCUCAAGGGCAUCGCCCUCGCUUUACGAGACAUUGGCCAGAGCAUUUUGGAUGUGGCGGCUGAGUUUUCCCCGUGGUCCCUGGCUUACAGAAUCCCACAGCUGGACGAGCGACAUCGCAAAGAUAUGAAAUUCAUCGAGGAGCUGAAGAGCGCCGAGAGUUAUUUCACCAUCACUGGGGACACCCAAGCCGAUGGGUGCCAUGGGGUGGUUGAUUUCUUAUCCGGGUAG